GCACAUUGUUAGAUAAGCGGUUAGAUAACGAUUGAGAAAUAAUUGUGCGGAGUAAAGGGGCCAGGACAUUGAUACGAUCCGAUACUGGACUGUUCUGCCUUCUGCUCCCCUGUCUUCUGCAUCUUCCUCCUCGUCACUGCAUGUACUCGCGCGCAGUUUGCAUCCUCAGAUCCUGUCGUAUACCAAUGCCUCCUCGAAAAGUCAAAGAACCCGUCGACCCCUCCACCCUCCGUCGCUCCGGCCGGUCGCGGGCCUCAUCUUCUUCCUCCACCGCAACAGCAGCAGCAGCGGCCGAAAUCCCUGCGAAAACCACCAAUGCCAAAAUCGAAAAGAGCAGCAGCAAACCCGUGUCCUCCCCGAAGCCUGCUACAACUACCACCGCUACUUCUGCUGUCCUGGAGCUAGGCGACGCGCUCCCCGACGUCGCGAUCGAGACGCAAGACGGCGAGCCCGUCAACCUCGCGCAGCUCGCGUCCUCGAAGAAAAUGAUUGUGAUCUUUGCCUACCCGAAAGCCAGCACGCCCGGCUGCACGAGACAAGCCUGCGGAUUCCGCGACGAGUUCCCGAAAUUCGACGCCGCGGACGUGGCCGUCUUUGGUCUGUCUGCCGACUCGGUCGCCGCGCAGAAGAAGUUUAAGGACAACCAGAAGCUGCCGUACGAUUUGAUUGCGGAUACAAAGUAUCAACUGCUGGGGCCGCUCGGUGCGAAGAAGACUGCCGCGGGUGGCAUCGUGCGGUCGUAUUGGGUGGUCAAGGACGGUAAGCUUGCCACGAAGGUUAUCGGUGUCAAGCCUGAGGAUUCGGUCUCAAAGUCUCUUAAAGAGGUUUUGGAGUCUAAUUGAGUGUCUAGAUAAUAGAUCUGAAAUAUUCAAAAGCACUAAAAGCAAAUU